AUGAAAAGUAAAAUAAUGAGUUUAAAUGUGGACUUAGAGAAGCUCCUCAUUGAAUACAGAGUAAGAACUAUUUUUCUUUAUAUUUAGGAUUAAAUAGAUGAAAAAAUUGUGAAUUAACUUGGGCUAGAAAACCAGUUCAAUGAUUUGAAACUGCAGAAAGAACAUCUUGAGAAUGAAAAUAAGCAAAUGCUCGAUGAACUAAACUAAAAUAAAGAUCUUGUCUCUGACUACUUCAUACAAAUUCAGUAAUAUUUAAUUUGGUAUGUCAUUGCUUUACUCAUAGAUAACUAAAAAAGGAUUUCUAAACUUGAGGAACAGGAUAAAGUUAUAUAGCAUAAGAAUGAGUAAAUAGAUGAAAUGAAACUAACGAUGAAAGAGGAAGUGCAGAAGUAUGAUCUUGAUAAGAAACUAUUCAAACAGUAAAUAUUGGUAAUGGAAUAAAUUAAAGUGUAACUGGAAAAUUUGUAAAAUGAAUCAGUUCAUAAUCUGAAGGCAAUUGUUAAUUCUCAAGAUGUAGAUAUACUUGAAUAAAAGCUUGAAUUAUAAGAUGUUAAGAGUGAGAAUCUUGAACUUAGAAUUCUCCAUGAAGAAAUAUAGAACUAAUCAGAGUAAACUAUAAGCUUAAAUAAAAGUUUAAAGUUGGAAUUAAACAAAAUUAAAGCACUUAAUGAUAAAUAACUCAUAGAUAUUAAUGAACUUCGAAAAAAUUCUGUCCUUAGUAACUAAACUCUCAAUGCUAAAAUAAGAUAGCAGUAAAAGGAACUUACAUCUAUUAACAUUUAAUUGUAAAAAGCAUCAAUAUCUGAGCAAAUCCUCCAAAAAUAGCUUAAGGACUAUAAGAAACUACUUUUUAAUCUUAAUAAUAAGCUGAUGGAUUUAGAAGGAGAUAGAGAAGUAAUCAGAUAUCAAAGAAAAAGAGGUAAAUAAGAGAUAUCAAUUAACAAUAUACAGAUUCAACAACUAAAAGAGAGGAUUAAUUUUCUUGAAUAAAAAAGCAAUGAGAUUGAAAAGAAAUACUCUAAGAUGAAUCCUAAUAGGAAAGAAAAUGGAGGACAUUAGGAAGAAAAGCUUAGUAGAUAGAUAAAGGAAUUUGAUUUCAAUUCUGAGGAUACUGUUUAACUUAAAGCUCAUGUCUACAAAUAAGAUGAGGAGAUAUUUGUUUUAAAAGAUAUGCUCAAAUCUGCUACUUUAUAGAUAAAACUUAAAGACUCAGAAAUCAAGAAGCUUAGAGCAUAACUUAAGGGCUAAGGGACAGAAUUUAAAACCCCAGUUAUUAAGAAGAACUAGAAUUAUAACUUACCAGAUAUUAAGUAAAAGUCUGACACUUCAGAGGCUGAGUCAUUCAUUGGAGAAUAGAGCAAACUAGAUAAGCUGCAUGAGCUAUCUAUGAAAUUUAGAAGAUAGUAAAGGUAAAGAGAAAAAGAUGUCCCUAUGCAAGAUUAAUAAACUCAGACAGAUUCAGUGAGAUAGAGAACUUAGGCACUUCAAACUGUUUAAGCAAAAAUGACUGACAAUAGCAACUAAACUGAAAUCAAAAAAUGCGUUGAUAUGUAUUAAUAGACUUAGAGUGUAAGCAAAAACUAAGCUUCUAUAUAAACAGAUGAAAUUAAAAAGGUUGAAAUAAUCAAAACAGUUCAGCAAACAUAAACUGAGGAAGAGAUAAAACCCAAAUAUGAGUCUCUUUAGAUGCAAACAGAUGAAGUUGAAGUCAAAAUACCAGUGGAAACUUUUAGUUAGCAUAUCCAAACAAUAGAAAUACCAAAGGAGGAGCCAAUAAUUAUUCCAAAGUUUGACUAAACAGCUUAGACUGAAGUUGAGAUACAAAUAUAAAAAAUCGAUAUUUAUGCUUAAACUGAAGAAGUUAAGAAGGAUACUUUUUAGAAAGAUACUUAGACUAUCCAGAUUGAAAAAUCUUCACUAACUUUCCUUCAUAAGGUAAUAGAGCAUCAAAUUACUUUAGAAAAGCCUAAAAAGAAGAAGAAAAAGUAGGGUGGUAAUUAGAAUCAUGAGCAUGAUAGUGAAUAUGAAUACUAUGAGGAAGAGGUGGAGGUUACAGAUGAUGAGGGAAUGGAUGAAGAAGAAGCAAAGAGAAUGUAUAUUUUAAAGCAGUAAGAGAUGGAAAUUUAACAAUAGAAGCAAUUGGUAAAAAAUAAUUAUUAGAUUCCAAAGUUAUAUAACUAUGGAGUAUAUAAGACUACUGAGAAGAAAAUGGAUUGA